GAACCAGCGCGCCAACAUUGGGAAAGCUGGCUGCGCUCACACUCCUCAGUCAGGCCGACACAGAACUAUCCCUCCAACAGCAUCUGGAUCUCGCGCCGGAUCUCCUGCAUUACAACCGCCUGGCCACCGAGGUGGAGUUGGAAGAACCGUUGACGAUGGCGGCACAGCCGGUGCCUCAUCCGUCGACGGAUAAGAAGCGUGUUAAGGUCUACGAGCUCCGAAAUAAUGACUGGUUUGAUCGGGGCACCGGGUUUUGCACCGCUGCUUUCCACCUGAUUGAAGAGGGCCAAAGAGAACCACGCGUUGUCGUCGAAUCCGAAGAUCAACCCGAUCGCGUGCUCCUAGAGACGAAGAUCUGUAAGGAGGAUGGCUUCCAUAAGCAGCAGGAGACCCUCAUCGUCUGGACAGAACCAUCCAAUGGCGUUGACAUGGCCCUCAGCUUCCAAGAGGCUGACGGCUGCACGAUGAUAUGGAGAUUCAUCAACAAUAUUCAACAACAGUUCCAGUCGGUAAUGGCCCCCGGAGACGAUAGUCUGUCCGACGAUCUUGCCAUGGACAUGCCGAACCCGGUUUCCCUGCCGGCAGCUACAAUGGGGAACCUCGACGAAAUCGAAUCGCAAAUGCGCAUGAUGAGCGGCACCGCCAAUGGUCGUGAGGCGCUGACGAAAUACGUCUUGAGCGAAGACUACAUUGGCAGGCUCAUCCCACUGGUUGGAGAUGCGGAAGACCUCGAGAGUUUGAACGAAUUGCAUCGCCUCUGCAACAUCAUGAAGAUAAUCAUACUUCUAAACGAUACCAGCAUUAUCGAACAUGCUGUAUCCGACGAAUGCGUCAUCGGCGUUGUUGGCGCAUUGGAGUACGAUCCGGAUUUCCCAAGCCACAAAGCCAACCAUCGUCAAUGGUUAGAGGACUCUGGCAGAUACAAAGAAGUUGUGCGGAUCGAGGACAGCCAGAUUCUCAAGAAGGUCCACCAAACCUACCGCCUCCAGUAUUUGAAGGACGUCGUACUUGCACGCAUCCUUGACGAUAACACCUUCUCGGUGCUCAAUUCCCUGAUAUUCUUCAACCAAGUAGACAUCGUGCAGCACUUGCAAGCAAAUGGCAACUUCCUUAGUGAGCUCUUCGACAUAUUCAAGUCUCCAGGCGAGGACUUGAAGCGGAAGAAGGAUGCCGUCUUGUUCAUACAGCAGUGCUGCGCAAUCGCUAAGAACCUGCAGCCUCCGGCGCGACAGACGCUCUACAACAACUUCAUUGCCCACGGCCUUUUGCAAGUUAUCAAUUUUGGCCUGCGCCAUAAUGAUGUUGCUGUGCGGGUUGGCGCAACGGACGUCUUGGUUUCCAUGAUCGACCAUGAUCCCCAGAUGAUUCGGCAAACGAUAUACCGUCAAAUUCACGAGAAGCAACCUCCAUUGACGGACUCUCUCAUCGAGUUGCUUCUGGUUGAGGUUGACUUGGGGGUCAAGUCUCACAUCUCGGACGCACUAAAAGUGCUGCUAGACCAAGGUCCGCCAAUGCAACCCGAGGUUUUCGCUAAAGCCAAUGGCGAAUAUGCUGCUCGGACUCAGAACAGGAUGCCCACAGCGGACCCCCAGCAAGAGCGGUUCCUAGAGCUCUUCUAUGAGCACUCGGCUGCCAAGUUGUUCAAGCCCUUGUUAGACUUGAAAGAUCGGGUGGCUAUGGACUUUACCGUCCAGCAAGCAUCCAUGUUCACUUACCUCAUCGAGAUCCUUUGCUUCUUCAUUCGACAGCACCAGCAUCGCAGUAAAUUCUUCGUCUUGAAUCACGACAUCGUCAAGCGUGUCGGCCAGCUGCUUGCUUGUCCCGAGAAGUUCCUCAAGCUCGUAACCAUUCGCUUUUUACGUCAACUGAUAGGACUCAAUGACGAGUUCUACAUCAAACACCUGUCAGAAAAGAGGGUGAUUGGUCCGAUCUUAGACGUCUUGAUGGAAACAAUGCCUCGCGACAACUUGCUCAGUUCGGCGUGUCUUGAAUUCUUCGAGUUCAUUAGGAAGGAAAUGAUCAAGGAUCUCAUCAAACACACCGUCGAGAACUAUCGUGACAAGCUACAGAGCCUCUCAUACGUGGAGCUCUUCCGCUUCCUCCUACAACGCUACGACCAGACCCGGGGGUUUACCGUAAACCUGGACUAUUUCUUGGAGUCAUCCGAUGAUGAUGUGGCGCGGAGAAGGACCAACGUCAAUCCUCGAGCCAAUGUUCAUCUCAUGGAGCACAUCAGCAUCGAUCAGGCCGAGGAGGAGUACUGGAACACGUCUGAUGACGAGGAUGACUUGCAAGCAAAGAUUGGCAAUCGCGCACCGCUCGUCAACGGGGGUUCGCCAAAUACCAAACUGGUCGAUUAUGCGUCGGACGAGGAAACUGACGAGGCCGUGGUUGCUGGAAGUAGUACCCUUGCAUCAAGCAAUACUGGGGAGGCCACGCCGGAGAAGACGGACAAUCAGGCACCAAAAUCCGAUGGUGUCACUUCUGCCAUUCCUCCGCCGGAACGGUUAUCGGAAAAGCGACGCCGAGAAGAAGACGGAGAGGAUGAGAUGAGCAAAUUGAUUCAGCACAAGCGUCGUAAUAGCACAUCGCCCAAUUCCAACGCGUCGAGUACGUCGGGCGUAAUCAAGAAGAAGAAGAGUGCCACAAGCGCUCGAGAUGCGGGUGGUGGCGGACCCAAAAUUGCCAUCAGUAUCUCUUCAUCGAUCAAGGCCGGGAGUGGACAGCCGGGAGUGGACAGCCUGGCAGCAGACAAGACCACGAGGCGUGAAGUAUAAGACCGUAAACUCACGGCCCCAGCAUGAGGAGAGCGUUAUUUCGGCAAAUUCCAACGACUAAGGGAAAGGAUGGACGGCGUUCUCCGGAGGAACUUUGGCAUUUCGUCAGGAAUAGACCCUAGACACUGGGGGUUUUGAACCGGGAGUGAGGGGCCUUAGGACGGAGAUUCAGGAGUGUUGCAAGAUGAUUUUGAGACUGAUAUUGGCGACAAUGGGUCCUUGUGCACGUACGCGCCAACGCACUUCAAAUAUCCAGCCAAAUGCAGGAUGUCAUGUACCACUACUACUAUCAUGGAGUAAUUUCCCCCGUUCGGACAGGGAGCUGGAGCGGCCUCGAGCGGUGACCAAGGUUGUUCUUGUAAAUCGAACAUGGAACUAUGCACUCUUUGUAGUGGCCACAUACUCUCAAAAUGGACACCAGGCAGUACUUUAUCCCUUUCAUCAU